AUGACGAAUCUAGCUAGGGCGGCCGCCCUAGCUGGCCAACCCUUAAAUCCGCCGCUAAUCAUCAUUGAUGACUGGAGAUGGAAAGGAAGGACUGUGUUGAUGGAUGUGAUGGAAUUCAAGAGAAAAGAUGUUAUAGCUGAGUUAGAUAGAAUUAAACUAUUGAAUCUCCGUGGAACAACAUUUGAACUGAUAGCCCAUGGCGUAAACAGAACCAAUGAAUCAACAUGUCUUCUUGUCCCAAUCCCACCUCCGAUCCCUUCAUUUCAAAUCCAUAUUUCCCCUACCCAAUUGCUUCAUGACUCUAUAAAAUGGCCUGAUUAUCAGUUCUUGAGAGUUAACAGCAAAGUUUUAAUGGCAGAAAAUAAGAACAGAGAAGGAGAACUAAAACCAGUCUGGUUUGCAGCGGGAAUGGCAGCAUUCAUGGCGUGCCUCGAACGGUUUUAUUUCUACACACAUUGGCGGGUGUGGGUUUUUUUAGCUCUCAAUCUCUUGCUUUUGGCCAUUCUUUUUACCUCUACAAUGCAAACCCAACUGCCAUCUAAUAAUCAAGUUGACAAUUGUGUUGACGCAUACGAGGAAGAGAAGAAGAAGAAGAGAAGCAAAAAUUGCAGACAUAAUUUGGAGUCAGCCAACAAUUACUUGCCUAAGAGUGAAGGCUUAUGUGUGAAAAUUGCAGCAGAAUAUGAAGAAGAUGACGAAUAUGGGAAAGAAGGUAGUUUUGAGCUUUCAAAGGAGGAAUUGAAUGAGAGAGCUGAGGCUUUUAUUAAAAUGUUUAGACAGCAAUAUUUAGUUUCUGAUGCUAAGAGUAAACUCUUACAUAUGAAUUCGAAAAAUGUCUACAUCUAGGUUUAGGCAGCAUAAUUCAAUAUUUUUGGUCUAGCAGAUCUACAAGUCAAAUUUGUUACCUAGUCAAUUUAAUUGAAUUUUGGUAUGUUUAAUUCAAUAUGAUAAUCUAGCUAUUAUAUGAUUGCUUAGUACUUGUACGUUUCACGAAAUGUAUGAAUA